AUGGCUGAAACAAUUUCUGCACCGAUAUCGCACCCUUCAGCUCCAGUAUGGGCGAAGGUUGCUAAAAACCGUAGAGAUUUAUCAGCAAUUUCCAACCCAAACUCUGUGGAAAAAAUUUUUAGACCCUUUAUGGCUAGGGAAUUUGGACCCUGA